CUCCUAAUUCUUCGUCAAGAUGGCCGCUCAGACCUCCCAGCCGGAGACAAGGGUUGAUCUUGUCCCGCCGCCGCCUCGUUGUUCAUGCGCGUGGUGGAUGACGUCAAGCCGGGAAUAAUAUGGCGGCGGACUCCUCCGGGCCAGGACUGUUAGGAUGGCUUCUCAGUUGGCUGCCUACUUGGUGUCCCACAUCUUUGUCUCUUCUCAAGGAUGCUGAGGAUAAAAUGUUACAGGGUGUCAGAAGUAAAUUUACGAAAAAAUAUAUUACGCUAUCAAGUGGCAACAAGAUAUGGACACUAAUAUUCAAUCAGGACACUCAUAACAAAACUCCACUUGUUCUGAUUCAUGGAUUUGGAGGGGGAGUUGGACUUUGGACUUUGAACUUUGAUGCACUUAGCCUACAACGCACUGUAUAUGCUUUUGACCUCAUAGGUUUUGGUCAAAGUAGUAGACCUCAUUUCAGCUCUGAUUCAAUACUGGCAGAAACACAAUUUGUGGAGUCUAUAGAGGAAUGGAGAGCUACAGUGGGAACAGAGGAAAUGAUUUUGUUGGGACAUAAUCUUGGAGCUUAUUUGGCUGCAUCAUACACAAUUAAAUAUCCACAAAGGGUAAAGCACCUCAUUUUGGUUGAGCCAUGGGGAUUUCCAGAGCGACUUAACCACACAGAACAGGAGCGACCAAUGCCAAUCUGGAUAAAAGCCCUAGGUGCAAUCCUGAGUCCCUUCAACCCAUUGGCAGGCCUUCGACUGGCUGGACCCUUUGGUCCGAUUCUGGUUCAACGAUUAAGGCCAGACUUCAAACAAAAGUUCUCCUCGGUUUGCGAAGAUGAAAAUACUGUCACCGAGUAUAUUUAUCACUGCAAUGCACAAACUCCCAGUGGUGAAGUUGCUUUCAAGAACAUGACUAUACCUUACGGCUGGGCCAAACAACCAAUGCUAUUGCGGAUCAAUCAGAUACAAGAGCACAUCUCCAUCACAGCAAUUUAUGGAGCACGCUCUUGCAUAGAUGGCUACUCUGGAAAACAGAUCAAAGCACUAAGACCAACAUCCUCUGUCAACAUAAUAGCAAUUCGAGGUGCAGGCCAUUAUGUGUAUGCUGAUCAACCAGAAGACUUCAAUCAAACAGUUCUGGGAAUCUGCAGUACUGUAGACUAAUAAUUGUACUGAGAAUUUACUGUUCUGUACUUUAACAAUCGCAACACUGGGAAUCUGCAUUCCUGUAAAUUGCCAAUCAGACAAUGCUAAGAAUCUGCAGUUCUGUAUAUUAAUCAUUCAGUCUUGGAUUUCUGCAGCACUUCUAACUAACCUGUGCAUUUCUAAUUCAAAAUGUAAUGAAUGCAAACAAGGAAGUCAAUGUAAACUACAUGAGCAUCAGAAGUUGCAUAAUCCUUUCUGAAACUUUGAAAUUCAAAAUGAGACUCAUGCCAAUAUCUUCCUGCUUUGUUGAAACAUUGUUUUGAAACUAUUUAGUAGUGUUAUUACCAAGUUUUAGUUUUGAUUACCUCUGCCAUGACAGCAUUUAAUUGUGCAAUAUUAAUUCUGAUGUCUUAUAACUAUUUAAUAUAUUUGUGCAAUUUUAGUGGUCUGAUUACAAAGAUUUUUGCUUUGAAAAUAUAAAAGCUGUUGAAAGAAAUUUAUUAAUUUAAAUUUACACUUAAAAUAUACCUUAGACGACAAAUUAUUUAAA